UCUCUCUCUCACCCAUGCUCUUCCCUCCUGUUUCCAUUCUUCAAUAAAACCACACACACUCUCUCUCUCUGCUCCGCUCUGCUGUCCCUUUUCGAAUCAACAAAAAAAGAAGAAAAAAAAAACCCUAAUUUCCUCUCUCUGUCAACGCUCGAAUUCACUCAGCUCCCUUCCUCAAUCUCAAAAUUGAGUCGAAAAUUUCACUCUCUCAUGGCCUAAAAACCUCAGCUUUCGUGAUAAUUUCUCCGCAUUUCGUCAUAGGAUCAAGAUCGACCGGGUUCUCGCGGAUAUUAAGGAGGUGAUCUAUAUCAUUUGCAAACGAUGGAGGCGGAGCUGUGCUCUUCACGAGUAUUCUCACCAUUGAGGGAAGAAAGCGGUGAUGAGGAGCUAUCUGUGCUUCCGAGGCACACCAAAGUUAUUGUAACCGGGAACAACAGAACUAAGUCCGUUCUUGUGGGGCUGCAAGGUGUUGUGAAGAAAGCUGUUGGUCUUGGUGGUUGGCAUUGGCUGGUCCUUAAGAAUGGGGUUGAGGUGAAGCUGCAAAGAAAUGCUUUGAGUGUGAUAGAAGCUCCAACUGGCAAUGAAGAAGAAUUCGAUGAUAUGGACUGUGAUAAUUCUUUCUGCAGUAGUUCGGAUGUGGGAGACAAAGACAUGGAUCACUCUAGCGUAUAUUUUCAGAAACCAACAAAGCCGAGGGUAAGGCAUGCCAGAUCAUGGGCAAGUUCAGCUAAAUCAAAUGGACGUAAUAAGACUCAUUUGAGGGUAAAUCUGGCGAAACUGGAGAUGGCGACAUUGUGGAGAUAUUGGAAACACUUCAACCUUGUAAAUAUUAAUCCAAAUCCAUCCAAGGAAGAACUGGUUCAUUUGGUGCAGCAUCAUUUCAUAUCUCAGCAACUGGAUGAGGUUCAGGUGAUUGUGGGCUUCAUUCACACAGCAAGGAAAUUGAAAAAAUCCCUCUACAGCUAGAAUAUCAUAUCAUUUAAAUGAAAUGGUAGAAAUAUUCUUCUUUUGUGCUGCAGAUCCCUAAUUGUAGUAAUCAUUACUUUGCUAGCUGCUUAAUGACACUGACCGUGAUGAAACUUAAUUUAUAUAGUGUACUUUAAUGUAUAUAUAUUUCGUUGGUCCUU